CAAGUUCCAUUCUGAUCACCAUUUAUUUAUGGACCGAUGGGAGCGGGAGAGAACGCGCGGAGUUUCCAGCUCCUCACUUCCACCGCAGCGGAUUAAAGGCUGAAUAACUGCAUUAUUCAUUUUUUUACGCACCGGCCAUCUGUUGUCCUGACUUGUUUCUCUGGUUUCUCUCUGUGCUUUUCUGCCUUUUUUUUGCGUCUCAAAUCCACUCACAUCCGAUGGAGACUGACCAUUUCAUCUGCAGAUAAACUGAACUGUAAAGAGAAACAACUGUUUGUUUGUUUUUUCCAUGGGCUUAAAAUAAUUGAUUGGAUUAAUGCUUCUUAGAUAGAAAAAAUGGCACACUGAUGGGAGCGUUUUUGGUCGCUCCUUCCAUCUGAGCCAUUAUCCCGGUGCGCAACUCCGCUUUGAAACAAACCAGUAUUUAUUCCUUGGAUGGAUGGAGGUUGCUGAGCGGAGCUGAAGCCCAGACGCACAGUGUUAAUCAUCCUCACCCCUUUUUAAUCUCACUCAGCCAGUUUCUCCGUAUUAUUAUUAUUAUUUUUAAAAAGAACAAACUAUAAUGAUGGACUUAUUUUCCCGCAUCACCUACCGUCAAGCGCCUUCUUUUUUCACGCCUUGGAGUCACCGGACGCGCCGUCAAGAUCUCUAAAAGCUGUCUGCCUCUCCCUCCCUCCCUUCCUCUCUCUCUCUCUCCCUUUUCAGUCCUUCUCUAUCUCCCCUGCAACCAAAUGAAUGCUCUCCCAUGGAGGUAGUACAACCACCUUGGGGACCAAACGACCAGAGGGGUGAUUUUUCUAAGCAAGAGGAGCCUGUCAGCAAGAGACGCAUCGGGUGAUAUCGGAGCCCCAAUCUCUCUCUCUCUCUCUCUCUCUUCCUCUCUCGCUCUCUCCCCCUCCUCCUCACCCCCUCCACCACCGCAUCCCUCCUUUUCAGUUUUCUUGGCCGGGGCUUCCUACACAGUUGCCUACACAUGGAGAUAUAGGGGCCGCAGAAUUCUUGUUGCGCCUCCCCGCGAACUGUCUGCGUUCCACUUCCACGGCUUUGGAAGGACCGUCCCUCUCCAUCCAUGUCUCACCAACCCUGCUCCGUGACUCCAGAGGGAGCCGCAUUCACCACCACCUCAGCUUUGGGUUACUAAAUGGUUUUCUGGGGGAGGAUUUCUAACCGGCGAGAUGCUGCUCGUACUCCUGCUGGCAGCCUUUUCCUCCUGUUUCUCCGGCUCCCUCUCCUCCUCCCUCUCCUCCCCCUCCAUGUCGGACGGACCCCCGAUGGCAGACCCAUCCGCCUCGGACUUGAUGGCCGAGACCUGCAGCGCCUGCUCCUGCAUGUCGGUUGAGAAUGUGCUUUAUGUCAACUGCGAGAAGAUCACUGUCUACCGACCCACGCAGCUCAUCCCACCGGCGUCGUCACUGUACCACCUCAACUUCCAGAACAACUUCUUAAUCGUACUCUAUCCGAACUCGUUCCUGAACUUCACCCACGCUGUGUCCCUGCAGCUGGGGAACAAUAAACUGCAGAACAUCGAGGGCGGAGCGUUCCUGGGAAUGGCUGCAUUGAAACAGCUGCACCUGAACAACAAUGAGUUAAAGGUGCUACGUGCGGACACUUUCCAAGGGAUAGAAAACUUGGAAUACCUCCAGGCUGACUACAACCUGAUAAAAUACAUAGAAAAGGGAGCUUUUAACAAACUGCACAGGCUAAAAGUGCUGAUCCUGAAUGACAAUCUCAUACAGGCACUUCCUGACAACAUAUUUCGCUUCGCCUCUCUCACACAUCUGGAUAUAAGGGGGAACAGGAUCCAGAAGCUUCCCUAUUUGGGGGUUCUGGAGCAUAUAGGGCGCAUCGUAGAGCUGCAACUGGAUGACAACCCCUGGAACUGUACCUGUGAUUUAGCGCCCCUCAAGGCGUGGCUUGAAAACAUGCCCUAUAAUAUUUUUAUUGGUGAGGCCAUAUGUGAAACACCAAGUGAUUUGUACGGGAGGCUCCUGAAAGAAACCAACAAACAGGAGCUUUGUCCCAUGGGAACAGGAAGUGACUUUGAUGUAAGAAUGCCGCCACCGGAUAAUGGACAGUCACCUUCCAAAAUGUCCCCAACUACGAUGGUGCCCAUGGCCACAAAAGCGCCAAAAACCACAGACUCAUCCAAGAUUUACGGAAACGGCAUUGUGGCUGGUUUGCCCCCCUUUGGAAGAAAUAGUCAGAUUGUUUCCUUUCAGACACGGACCCCUCCAUUGUGUCCACAGCCCUGCAGUUGUAAAGCCCACCCGUCUGACUUUGGCAUUAGUGUCAGCUGUCAAGAGAGGAACAUUAAAACUCUGGCUGAACUCAUUCCCAGACCCCCGAACGCCAAGAAACUUCAUCUAAGUGGGAAUUACAUACGUGACAUAAGUCCGAUUGAUUUCCAAGGGUUUGAGGGCUUAGAUUUGUUACACCUUGGCAGUAACCAAAUUGCCACGGUCCAGAAAGGUGUGUUCGCUAACUUCACUAACUUAAGGAGACUGUAUUUGAAUGGAAACCAGCUCGAACAGUUACAUCCCGAGAUGUUUUUGGGCCUCACGAACCUACAGUACCUGUAUUUGGAAUACAAUGCCAUAAAAGAAAUCUUAGCCGGCACAUUUGACUCCAUGCCGAAUCUGCAACUCCUGUAUCUCAACAACAAUGUUUUGAGGAGUCUCCCCGCCUACGUAUUUGCGGGUGUAUCUUUAGCCCGACUGAAUCUGAAAAACAAUCACUUCAUGACCCUACCAGUGAGCGGUGUCCUGGACCAGCUGCAAUCAUUGACCCAGAUAGACCUGGAGGGGAACCCAUGGGAGUGUUCGUGUGAUCUGGUCGCCCUCAAACUCUGGCUAGAAAAGCUAAGUGAUGGAGUGGCUGCUAAAGAGGUGAAAUGUGCCUCCCCUGUGCAGUUCGCCAACAUUGAGCUGCGUCUCUUGAAAAAUGAGAUCUUAUGCCCUAAGCUCAUUGCAAGGCCACCAUUAAUUCUCACUAGCGCCACCCCUGUUUUGACCUCACUGUCGCCUGCUGGGGUUGGCAAAGCACCACCAGGAGGACCUGUGCCUCUCUCAAUUAUGAUCCUGAGCAUCCUUGUAGUGCUAAUACUGACUGUGUUUGUGGCCUUCUGCCUUUUAGUCUUUGUUCUGAGACGGAAUAAAAAACCAGUGGGCAGGCAGGAGGGGCUAGGGAAUCAGGAAUGUGGCUCGAUGUCAUUGCAACUCCGCAGACACAACCAUAAAUCUGGCAAAAAAGGUUCUAUCCCAGGAGAUGACCUGGGAGGGGAGACGUUCAUCCCCCAGACUAUUGAGCACAUUGGCAAGAGCCACACCUGCGGAAUCGGACGCUCCUCCGACAUGGACGCCGGGUUCAAGUUUGCCGACUCACAGAGACAGAAGAUCAUCUUCCGGAACAGCAGCGACAAGGAUAAAGAGGCUCUUUCCACCCUGGAGCGCAACAAACGCCUCAGCACCAUCGACGAACUUGAGGAGUUCCUCCCCAACCGAGAAUCUAGCAUGUUCAUUCAGAACUUCUUGGACAGCAAAAGGGAUUUCAACAGUAUAGGGAUGGGCGGGUACGAAAUCCGCUACCCCGAAAAAACACUGGAUAAAAAGAUGAAGAAGUCAUCUCUGAUUGGUGGGAACCACAGUAAGAUUGUGGUGGAGCAGAGAAAAAGUGAGUAUUAUGAACUGAAAGCCAAGCUCCAAGGAACGCCUGAUUACCUGCAGGUGCUUGAGGAGCAGACUGCACUCAGUAAAAUGUAGGGUUCCUUGUGUUUGCUUUAGUGCAUUGAUUACACAUACACAAAGAAUUCAGACACGCAGACCUACAGGCAGACAGACAGCCAUGCACACCUGCCUUUCUCUCGUUCUUUCUCUGUCUCAAGCCACACACGUAUCUUUGAACCCCCCCCCUCUCUCAUUUCCCUCUCUCUGCACACACACACACACACACACAGCAAAAAAAGUGCCUUCUGGAAAUCCUUAAUGACCAAUGCAGAGAUGGACAAAAUGGCUCCACACUACAAAGCUAUUACUAGAAUCAGCAUGGAUGUAUUCCACUGUAUAAGACCUUUCGGAUUAUCCAUGCCACGACAUGUAUGAAUCCCACAUACAUACCACAGGACACCAUAAAAAAAGCUACCAGACAGUCAUAAACAUUUUUUUGCUGCUAUGAAAAGGGUAAUUACCUUCUUAUGUAUAUUUUUUUUGUUGUUCUUUUUCUCCUCCUUUUGUUUUUCCAACCAAAUCAAAGGGUAUUGAAAACAGUGCUCGAGAAUAUAUACCGCACUGACUUCAGCCCUCGUUUAAAAGUAAGAGAGAAAGAAGGAAAGAAAAGGAGGCAGCAUUGUGUGUUGUUCUUUUGCUCUGGAACGUAUCCAAAAUCACCACUUCUGGGAUAAGAUUAACAAUCAAUGACUCAGUGGAUGCUACUUUUGCUCUUUUGAUUUGCGGGGAUACAUGUUUGUUCUUGGGGAUGCUCUCUGGAGUCGGCUGCCUGGAAUACACACCAGUAGCUGUACACCUGCUCAUUGCCGAGAGGCUAAACGGCUCCCGUUCAACCAUUCGUGGGAAUUGGAGGCACUGCAAAACUCCUUUUGGGAAUGAUUUUGUGACUUGUUUUCUUUGUGUAAAGAGCCAUGUUAAAUAUAGUGUCUUCUGAAUGGUGUUUCUCUUCAAAAAUUGCUACUUACAGUUACUGUUCAUUUUUGGGUGACAUCUAAUGGCACAUACACUGUCAGAGGACGUUGUUUCAGAAAAAUGAAAAACCCAAGGAUAAAAAAAAAAAGUACAAAGCUGCUUGCCAUGUAAGCGUAACCUGGAAUUUAUUUUGUAAGUCUUACAUUAUUUGUAUGUGUGGGACUGGUUUGUAAAUUACGAGGACAAACAUCUACACACACGCACACACACACACAUACAUACUGUAUGAUGGAGCAUAAUCAUCAAGCGACUACAAGCCAGAAUUGUCAAAGCAAACCACUGAUGUAAUUCAAUAGGUGAUCUGCCUCCCCUUGUCAGCUCUCAAUUCGUAGUAAAGAAACAGAAAUUUAAAAACAUAGUUCAUUUAUUUUUCUAUGCAGGAUUAUUUAAAGAGUUAUUGGUAUUAUUUGAAAAGAAUAAUACACAAAGAGUGGAAUGGACUUGAUACAAAUGAUGCAUCAGAGCUAAUUCAGGCCACCCGAAGUGACUGUCGAGGUUUUUGUUUUCUCUCAGCCCAGUGGACGAGGGUUGUAACAUGUGAUCUGUGGUGUUUCCUUUCUAAAUGUGUCGCACUACAAACCAAGGCCUGAUAGUCUGUGACGUUUCAAGCGGUUUCCUUAUUCUUAUAUCUCCCCCAGUAUCUUGUUAGAGGUUUCUUAUUAACAUUAUGCAACCAAAAUAAAUGUGCAUUAAACUUGAUAUGAUUCUGAGGAAUUGAUGGGGGCGGGAGGGGGAGGGGGCAUUAAAGGCUCUAAAUUGUCCGAUUUGGAAAGAAUCAUGAAUCCACCAUGUGCAAUAUUAGUAAAAA